AUGGCGACUUUCUCCUGUCGCGUACAGUAUCUAGACGACAGAGAUCCUUUCGCCAACACUAAUUUCCCAGAGCCUACUCGGCCACCAAUUUAUUCGUUUCUGGACGAUGUUCCGUUAAUCAACCAGAUCGCUAGUAUACAUAGAUUACUGCAGGCUCCACAUGAGCUGGAAGAUUGUGCCCUCCAGUUGUACCGCAACCAGAGUGGGACUCAAGGAGAAUAUGGCGUCUAUUUGGAUCUGGAAUCCACCUUAGAUGAGCAAGCAGAAGAGUUGGAAGGCUUCACAGAUCAAAAGAAGAAUGCUAUUAUUCUUCGGACACAGUUAACCGUCAGGGUUAACUCUAUCAUUGAAAAAUUGCUGACCUCUAAUGGAAGGGAGUUGCGGAGGGCUUUGUUUUCCUUGAAGCAGAUAUUUCAGGAUGACAAAGACCUGGUUCACGAGUUUGUCAACAACGAUGGUCUCACCUGUAUGAUCAAAGUGGGCUCAGAGAGUGACCAGAAUUAUCAGAAUUAUAUUCUCAGAGCCCUGGGACAAGUUAUGUUGUAUGUGGACGGUAUGGAGGGAUUGAUCAAACAUAAUGCAACAGUCCAGUGGCUGUACUCUUUGCUGGCUUCCAAGGUAAGACUAGUGGUCAAGACAGCACUGAAACUUCUGCUUGUAUUCGUGGAGUACACGGAGGCAAAUACCGUCCUGCUAAUCACAGCCAUCGAGACAGUUGACAGCAGGCGAGGCUUGCAUCCUUGGACCAAUGUCAUGGCUUUGCUGAAUGAGAAGGAUGGUGCAGAUUCUGAACUGCUGAUUUACACCAUGACUUUGAUUAAUAAGGUGAUCAGUGCCAUACCAGACCAGGACACGUUCUAUGAUGUCACCGAUGCACUGGAGGAGCUGGGCAUGGACGCUGUCACACACAGACUCAUGAACAAGCAAGGUGCUGACUUGGAUCUCUUAACCCAGUUUCAGCUGUAUGAGAGUGCCUUGAAGCAUGAAGAUGAUGAUGACAUCUCUGUAAUCUCACAAGUGGAAAACCUCAGGCAAGUCCCACGCAAGAAAAGUGAAAGCCAUGCAAGAAAAUCCAAAAGGCAUGAAGGUGGCCAGGAGUUGACAUUGCCUGAAUAUUCUCAAGGCCAGAUACAAGCACAAGGUUUACCAUUUGAAGCUGCUAAACGAAAAGAUGGGAAAAGAGGACUGCAUCUGCAUGCUAACCGACAUCAGAGCCAGCACAACCAGCCACACCAUCCACAUUUUCAUAACCAUUAUCACAGCCAUGACAACAAUGCUCAACAAGGAUACGGUCUAGAUUAUCAGGGAUAC